ACAAAAUGGACGCAAUCAGGUCACAGACUCGAUAUCUAAACGUGACUACAAUAAAAAUUCACCAUUAAUUAUUAAAAAUAUAAAUAACUAAUACUAAAAAACAUAAAUAUACAUAUAUAUAUUUGUUUAAAUAAAAAAAUUUCGCGCGCUGAAUGCGUUAAAAACUUAAGCUAACCACCGAACAGCAUGCAGAAUUUCGACGAUCUCGAUAUAGAAGGACGUAAUCCUUCAUAUUUAUCUGAAGAAGAACGCGAAAAGGAAGAAAAUGAUCGCAAAAGAUUAAUGAGAUGCAGCGUCACCGCGGAAGACAGCACAUUGAGACCCGUGUACUCGCGGAUGGAAGAUGGCGACAUCUGGUGCCACAUUUGUAAUUUGCAAUUAUUUGGCGCCCACAAGUUGCAAAGCCACAACACGUCGUCGAGACACAAACUCAAGUUGGACGAAUGGCCGUACCCGGUGUCACUUUGGUCCGACAGGGACACGGUCAAGAAACUGCAGGGCCCGCAGGGAGCGACCAUUGGGAUUCCGAAUUCUUUGGCGCCCGGAGAACCCGUUCCGCCGGGUAUGGAAGACCAGAUAACCCGGGUUACUACUAUUCAGAUGAGCUUAGAUCGCCAUCAGAGCUCACCGCUUGUGGGGUUGGAAUAUUUAUUAGAAUUAGUUGAUAAUGAUUCAUGUGAACCGAGUUACACUUGUGUGUUAUGUGAUAAACGUGGUGACCCACGCACUGUUAUGGCCCACAUUACCAGUUAUAAUCAUCGUAUUACUUAUUUGAAUCGUCACUUUCCAACAAUAUCACGUGCUAUCGCGGACCUACCACGUACCCCUAAUUAUAAACGUGGGGCGAAUGAAAUGUCAGUGUUGGUGGCUAAAAAAAUAGAAGAAAAAUUCGGCCGAUUGCAACCACAGCUUGUUGAUAAGGCGCAAUUUGAAAAAAACAGAGUUCAGUUUAUUAAAAAUGUCUUUCAAGAUUACCACUUCAGGGAAACGCCAGAGUUAACAUUUAUGGAAGUUUAUGAUGUGCGAUGGGUGACAAACUUUGAAGAGAAAUUGGCUGAAUCGUCUGCUGAAAAAAAAGACGUGUCAAAAGAAGUGGAUAAAGAGGAAAAACCAAAAAAAGAAGACAAAGUUAUGGAAAAAGCAUUCCCUAAAAAAAUAGAACCCGAUACUACUAAAUCGUCAAUGAAAAUACGGAUAGUGACAAAAGAAAAAUUGAUGAAGAAGCCUUCAAAAGACAAUAUACGUCCGUCAGACGAUACAAAAUCCCUGUCAUCCUUGUCAAGUAUAUCAAGUAGUCCAUCGCCAUCGCGUUCGCGCUCACGCUCGCCCCAUGAUUUACGAUUAGAUCUAUCAAACCAUUCGAAACAUGCCCAUCCAUCCUCAAAGUACCGACCCGCGUCCUCGAAGUCGCGUCACCACGUACGUGGAUCACGUUCACGGUCCCAUUCCCUUGAGCCUCGACGGGAACGUGAUAAAUGGGAAAAAUACCGCGAGUUGAUACGUCGCGCCGAAGAAAAUCUCGACCGUGCGUUGGCCUUCCACGAGAAAAAUCCCGAGAAACAUUCAGCGUAUCCGGACGAGUGGAAAAAGUUUUGGAACCGUCGGUACAAAGAACUCCAAGCCGAAGGCAAAGAUCCGUCAAAGCACGACUUCAAGCCCGAGUGGAUCGAGUUCUGGAACAAACGGAUGCGCGAAAUUCAUAACGAGCAGCUGGCGUCGCGUAAAGAGGAGAUUCGUAAGCAGCUGGAAUUACCCGAAGACAAACCACCAGAGCCUCAAAUCAGCAAAUGGGGAUCCAGUUCCAAGCGUAAUAGCAAAGAAGAUCGUCUGCCCUCACCCCCGCCUCCGAGUAAAAAGUCGCGGCAGCAGGACAGCGACGAUGAUGUCGAGUACGUGGGCACCAAAACCAUAAAACCAGAGCCGACCGUUCGUAGCAGCAGUGAAUACCUUCGCGAUCGUGAACGUCAUCAUGAGCAUAGUCGCGAAUUGGUACGCGAUCGUGACUACGGUUACUUGUAUGCUCGUGAUAAGCCGCCUUAUCGGCCCUAUUACCAAGCGACCCCCAGACCAGUGAUCCAUUCCCGCCCGCGUCACUACGCCCCGUACGCGAUGAAAGAAAAAUCUCCAAGUCCUUCCGCUCAGAACCUGGACGCUCUGAAAGAGGACCUGGAGAUAAUCGGUCUGCUGCGAUUGCUGUCAGCUAUUGAGCAGCAGUUGGGUUCGAUGGGCCCUAAAGUCGUGGAACUGUUGAAACGCGCGUUGGCUUUGGAAAAAGCAAAGCCGAAUUCCGCGGAAGAAUUGUUGCUCGACGACGAGGUAAGUGUAUUUUUUGAAACGGUAAAAGAGAAAUUGAAGGGUCAGUUGUUCGCGGGUAUGAUUGAAAAGAAAGCAAUUCCAGCGACUAAAUCAGCGAUACAAAAUAUCGCUCAGUUGUUGCACAAAGCGGAGGAAGAUAAGCGUAAGAAGGAAGAAGAAGAGGAAAAACGUAAGAAACAGACUGAGGAAAUCGCACGGUCCUUGGCCUCGUUAUCGCGCUCUUCAUUCUUGGGAACGCGCAGUCUUACGGAUAUUGGUUCGAUUAAAUCAGAACCAGUCAGUGUACCGGGUGUUGGUGCCGUUGAUAAGGUCGCUAUUGCUCAGCAAAUUGCUGCAGCGUUGAUUGCCCAAGGUCGGACCAACGUGUCGCAAGAUGAACUGGAGACUUUAAUAAAUGCUGUCGUUGGAAUGGCCGAAGCCUCCCGACACAGCGACAAACCGAUCACUACUGCGAACUUCGUCAAGAGUCUGACGGCUGGUACUGAAAUACCUGCAGCUCCUGCCUCUGCACCAGCUUCGGCAGUAGUGGUAACUCCAGUAGCACCGGCUCCAGUAGCUCCAGUUCCAGUAGCACCAGCACCAGUAGCUCCAGCUCCAGUAGCUGUAGUCGAAGAAAAGAAACCAACACCUUCACCAGUCGAAACUGUUGAAACUCAUACUGCAAGGAUGGAAAAUCUUACCGACAAUGAUCUUAAAGAUCUACUACAAAAUUUCAAUGACCUGGGAACCGAUAAACAGCACGGGCUUAUAAAUUUCUUGAAGAAACUCGAAGCCAGUGAUCCAGCGCGGGUUGAAAAACUACGCGGUUACGUAAAUCUUGGCAACACUGGUGGAAGUUCACAUCGUGAAGAUUCGCCUCGUGAUGAUGAGAUGAUCACAAAACCGUCUCGCAGCAUAUCUCCAUUCGCGUCGCGUAAGGGCGCUCAUAAUCCCUCAGAUGACGACCAUCUAAAAUGGAAACCCAAGAUCGAUAUAUUUGCCGACGACGAGGACGACGAUCGUAGACUCAAAGAUGACGACAGGUCCAAAAAACUCGAUUUGUCCGACGAUGAUGACGACUACUCGUUCGAAGACAUCUACAAAGCAGCGGACAAGAACGUUGUGGAAAGCGAGAAAGCUAAAAGACACUCAGAUUCCCUAGCACGCUCGUGGUCGCGGUCGCGAUCGCGCUCGCCGCAUCGCAAAGAAAAAUCAAACGACGCGGCCGCUAUUCUUAACGAAACCAAACGGCUUAUCGACAAUAUCAUGGGCGGACUUCCCAAUAAGUAUGUCGUUAAAUCCCACAUGCAGAGAGACCGGUCUCCAAUCCAUACCGAUGUCUUGCCUCCAGGUUCUACCAACGUAACGAUCCCUCCCCAAAGUUACCCGGCUUUCAACCCUCCUCUGCUUCAGAGCCACCAUCAGCCCCAACCCCAGACCCAGACUCACCAACCCCAGCCCCAAGCGUCUCAGCUCCACCAAUCUCAGCACCAGCCCCCAUCUCACCAGAAUCCCUACAAUCUGCCCAACCAGCCCUACAAUUAUCAACCCCCCCAGCAAAAUUACCCCAACUCUAGUUACAUGAACAACAACGUCCAGCCGAUCUCCAGCAUGAACAAUGGCUACAAUAAUUACAACCAACCCUACUCUGGCAACAACAUCAACUCCAACCAAAGUCAGUACGGACCUCCGCCGCAUCAGAACCAGUAUCCACCCCAGUCCCAACUCCAGCCCCAGCAGAUGUACGGAGCCCCUCCCCCUCAGUACGGAUCAGGACCUUCAGCUCCUGGACCCAUCGGGUACCCCCAGCAAAACAACCAGUACAGCAACUACAGUAACAGGUUCUACUAAUCUCCAGUUAACUGACAAAAUUACCCCUGAUUUUAAAAUGUCAUCCGUUUUAAAUUAAGUCUUAAGUUUAACCAAUGCCUGGAAAACAAAUUGAUAUUUUUUUUACCGCAUUUUUUACAGGCCUGCGUGAACAAAAGGUUUAACUUUUAUCGUGUAAAAAAAUGUCUGCAUAACUCUUUUAUUAGAUUUGUUUAAUUAAUUAUUAUUUGUUUUAUUGUUCAGCUUAAAAUAAGUAUUUAAGAUUUUGCUAUGUACUCAGUACGUCAAUAAGCUAGUGGUUAAAUAAACUUUCAAAUU